AGAGAGAGAGAGAGAGAGAGAGAGGAGAGAGGAACUUAGAGACUGCGGGGGGCAGGUUUCCCAGGAACAGAUUUUGAGAGUGCACCCGCCCGAGGAUGGCUGAUAGUCCCUCUCAGUCCGAGUCGCUGGCUUUGCCGGAGCUCAGUGAUGACUUCAAGAAACCAACCCUGCCGGUGCCCCCGGUUGUGCGGGGCAAAGCUCCGGCCACCAGUCCUUCGAACCCUGAGGAGGUGAAGAAGGAAAGGCCCACGGCGCUGCCAGAGCCCGACCCCGGGGAGCCCGACGUCCCGCCAGUCCAGCCCGACAGCGGGGACACCAGGAGUCCACCGACCGAGCAGCCGCGGCCCCCCUCAGCGGCUCCUUCAGCUGGCGGCCCGGCCCGGGCUCCCCCUUACCGGGAGCCGCGGUGGGGCGGCCCCGCCUCGGCCCCCUACAGCCUAGAGACGCUCAAGGGCGGCACCAUCCUUGGCACCCGUAGCUUGAAAGGGACGAGUUGCUGCCUCUUCGGGAGGCUGUCUAGCUGCGACGUGUGCCUGGAGCACCCUUCGGUGUCCCGGUACCACGCCGUGCUGCAGCACAGGGCGGCCGGCCUCGAAGGAGAAUGCGACGGCCAAGGGCCGGGCUUCUACCUUUACGAUCUGGGAAGCACCCACGGCACUUUUCUUAACAAAACCCGCAUCCCACCGCGCACCUAUCGUCGCGUCCACGUCGGGCACGUCCUUCGCUUUGGAGGCAGCACCCGGCUCUUUCUUCUUCAGGGACCAGAGGAAGACCGAGAGGCAGAAUCCGAGCUGACGGUAACGCAACUGAAGGAAUUGCGCAAGCAGCAGCAAAUGAUGUUGGAGAAGAAGAUGUUAGGAGAAGACUCGGAUGAGGAAGAAGUGGACACCACCGAAAGGAAGAGAAAUACUAGUAGUCAAGAUGAUGAAAUGGGCUGUACCUGGGGAAUGGAAGUUCCAGCAUGAGCUAAGCACCAAGUGGAUACUGAAUACUGUGAGCACAGGGGCCCAUGUGCUUCUUGGGAAGAUCC